AUGGACACCGGUGGUGGAGUGAUGUGUCAGGAGACCGAUGACAUAUAUAACGAUGGCUCGACGAUUAAUACAAACUUGAUAUCAACGGUUUUGGAUAGACUUACCAAUAAAACCACAUAUGAUAAGCGGCUAAGGCCUAAGUAUGGAGGCGAGCCCGUCGAUGUUGGUAUUACAAUUCACGUAUCAUCAAUAUCAGCGGUUUCUGAAGUCGACAUGGAUUUCACAUUAGAUUUCUACAUGCGCCAAACGUGGCAGGAUCCGAGGCUAGCGUUCGGCUCGCUCGAUCUCGGCCUUCCUGAAGAGAUCAAAUCGCUCACCGUUGGCGUCGACUAUCUUGAAAAGUUGUGGAAACCCGAUACGUUUUUUCCCAAUGAGAAAAAGUCGUUUUUCCAUUUGGCGACGACGCACAAUUCGUUUCUGCGCAUCGACUCUGAUGGAACCGUGUACACGAGUCAGCGUCUCACUGUGACCGCCACAUGCCCAAUGGACCUUCAAUUGUUCCCAAUGGACUCGCAGCAUUGCAAACUGGAAAUCGAGAGCUACGGCUACAGUAUCCUCGACAUUGUGUAUGUUGCACCGGCGACAAAAGAUGCCGCCACAUCCGAGUCGUUCGAACUGCCGCAAUUUGUGUUGCAGAAGAUCAAGAUAAUGAAUCAGACACAGAAAUUGACCUCAGGAGUGUAUUCCCGUCUUUGCUGGAAUUUUCUGUUCAAACGCAAUAUUGGAUUUUACCUUAUUCAAGUUUAUCUUCCUUCAAUGCUUGUGGUGGUUAUAUCUUGGGUGUCGUUUUGGCUCAGCCGAGAUGCUACACCAGCUCGUGUGGCUCUUGGUGUGACUACAGUGCUCACAAUGACUACCCUUAUGACUACAACAAAUAGUUCGAUGCCUAAAGUUUCCUACGUGAAAAGUAUUGAUAUUUAUCUGGGUGUCAGUUUUAUGAUGGUUUUCUGCUCGUUAUUCGAAUACGCAGCUGUUGGUUAUCUUAGUAAACGGAUGAAGCUUGUAAGACAACGGAAAGAAGAAGCCGCGAUACUUCGGGCUUCACCAUUACCACCACCGACUAGAAAAAUUAUCACAAUGCCUGCUUUCUUUAAUAAUACGACUUAUCGGCCGUUCUAUUCGUCAACUGAUAGAACAUCGAAUUUAUAUAUUCCCCAUUCCCAACGAACUGCGCAACUUUUGACUGAGAAAUGCACACUGUCCGAACUUACUCCCAUAUUAGGCAGAACUUCUGAAGCAUCAGUUAUGCUUUAUGGGCAUGGUUAUCAGACGACGGAUAUUGAUUAUUACUGGGGGAAGAAGAGGACGGAUCCGGAAAUCUAUGCGGUCGCUUUUGACACCUUCCAAUUGCCGCAAUUUCAACCGACGCUGUAUUUUGUGAACACGACAAAUUCUCAAACAUCUUCAGGAAAAUAUGUUCGACUCGCCCUUGAAGUUAUUCUUGUGCGGAACAUGGGAUUUUACACAAUGAACAUUGUGAUACCGUCUAAUUUGAUUGUCACAAUUUCAUGGGUAUCAUUCUGGUUGAACCGAGAAGCAUCUCCCGCUCGAGUCGGACUCGGCGUCACCACUGUUCUUACCAUGACCACAUUGAUCACGACAACGAAUAACUCAAUGCCAAAAGUGUCAUACAUUAAAGGACUCGACGUUUUCCUAAACUUCUGUUUCGUGAUGGUGUUUGCCUCGUUGCUAGAAUACGCAGUAGUCUCUUAUAUGACGAAACGAUUGGUGUUGCGAAGAGAGAAACGAAGGAAGCAGGCCGAACAGCAGCAGCGAAAUGAGGUGCCGAUGUUCAAUGCAAGUCCGAAGGCGGCAAACAAUAAUGCUGAUUUGUACUUCGCUGGCCACAACUCGUCAAUGAAUCCUUUAAUGGAGAUACCGGAGAAUUGUGAUUGUCGCACAAUUCCAAUGAUGCAGCAUCCUCGGCUGGUAACCGAUGGCGCCCAUACAUUAUGGCCUGCGCCAUUCGCUCGACCCAAAAAAGCUACGAAGACGUGCUGCCAAAGAUGGACGCCUGCAAAAAUUGACAAGCUCAGUCGUUAUUGCUUUCCAAUUGUCUUUUGUUUGUUCAAUAUCAUUUACUGGAUCUACAUGAACUACUUGUGUCUGAAUUCCAGCGACAAAAUCCAGGAGAACAGCAAAUGGCAGGAGAUUAAGCGAUAA